UCUAGAUAAUCUAUUAAUAUGGCUGAAGACAAUGCAAUGAACCCGAAAGUGUCGGGAUAUCUUGAAAAGAAGAGUAAAAUGAAAAUGAUGAAUUCCUAUAAAAGAUACUGGUUCGUAUUAGAAGGCAGACUUUUACUUUAUUAUCGAUCGAAAGAUGAAUACGAAGCAAUAUCACCAUGUAAAGGAUCAAUAAAUCUAGGACCAGCAUGUAACAUCAAAACAUGUCCGUCAACAAGCGGAGUAUAUGUCUUUCAAAUAGAAACCAGAACAUCAACUACAACGUUGAGAGCUGAUAAUAGAGAAGACCAAAACCGAUGGAUGCAAGGAAUAAUGUCAGCUUUAAAUCAAAACAAAAAUGCUAAGAAACUAAGCCACUUCCGUUAUUCUCUAGAUGAAUUGUCCCAACAAGCACCAAAUAAAAAUGCCUUAAGAAGAAAAAAUACUAUACCGCCACAGUCAGACUCAUCAAAAAAUGAAUCCGAUAAUGAUAAAGGAAUUAUACGAAGGUUGCAAAAAAUCGGAGCCCAUUCUUAUGGUGGAAGCAUGGGUGCAAUUAAUCAAAUAGAAAGUAAAAGUCAAAAAGCAAGCAGUUCUACCGAAACAGAAAAUUUAUCUUCCUUCAAAAGUAGUGUGUCAGUAGAAAACAAUCAGUAUGGUAUGAUAAAGAAAAAUACUAAUUCUGAAAACACUGAAAUCAGAAAAGGACCACGCCUUAACGAAAAUAUUUAUGAAAGAAUAUCGGGUGAUUCUUCGAUAUCAAUAAAUAGUAAAGAAGUUAAUUAUUGCAUCCGUGAUCAAACUAAUAUAAAUUAUAAUGAAACUUCGGCAAUAAAUACUAAAAUUAUGUCAUGUGAUACGGAAAAUAACAGUAGGCCAACUACUUUUCUGUUAGAAAACGAAACAUACGGAGGAAUUCCGUUAAAUUCUGAAAACAAUGAUUCACAAAAUAGAAUUAGACAAACUAGUUUUAUUUUAGAAAAUAAUCAGUACUGCGAUAUAGAAAAAAUAAUAAAAUUUCCAGAUUCAGAAGUAAUAUAUGCAGAACCAAAAUGUAGUUCUGCCACUGAUCACAAUAAAAAUAAUUUGACGUUAAAUAAAAUAAAAGGAGAAGAAAAUGCAUACUCGAUUAUUAAACUAUACGAUUCUGAAAAAAAUACUGUUAAUUCUCAAUAUGAAGACACAAAAAAAUGUGGAGAUUAUUUAGAAGCAAAAUAUCAAUCUAAGAAAAAUACAAAGCUUAAAAAACACAAAUCUAAAAACCAAUCCAAAACCAUUAUAAGCGAGAAUAAAAAGGAAUUCAAACUAAAAAAGUCUUCUAGUUUUAUCAAUAGAGUUUGGAGAAAGAAAAAAAAACACACUGAGGAACUGUAUGAAAAUAUUCCAGAUUCCCCUGCGGAUAAAAUUGGAUUUACAGAUGAUGUUGCUGUGCAAAUGUUAUCAGAACUUCAGAAUCUAUUAGAAAAUAAAAUGCCUCUGUUACUCGAACAAUGUUCAAAACCUCAGAAUGACAAUCCAAUUAAUGAAGGUCUUUGUAGAAGUGCAAGUGAAAAUACUCUUAUGGAUAACCCUCAUAUGGACAAUGCAGCUACCGUCCAAAUGUUGACGGAGUUACAUAAUAUAUUGAAAGACAAAAAACCAAUUUUAUGUGUAAGUACAAACUUUGAUUUGAUCAAUAGAUAA